AUGCCUAUUGGGCGAUUUCUGGCUUUAUUGAUGCUUCACAAGCGACGCUUACAGCAAGAGUACACAGACAUGUGUCCAAGUCGAUCACUUCAAGGAGGGUCAUCACAUGUCGUACCCGUCUCGCUUAAGAGCUAUACUCUCACUAAAACAGGCGACUUCAUACCAUGCAUUAACAUUAAUGAAUACUCAAAAUAUUGUCCAUCAGUAGUCACUGUUUACAACUCCCACUACUUUCCUAAUGAUCAGCUGAUUUCCCUGACUUUUCCACUUCUUCUUUUUCCUGAACCCUACAACUAUGAAUAA